AUACACAGCAUCAAACAGCAAUUGGGGUGUUACUAGAGGAAGGGAGAGGGAAGAGAAGAAGCAUCAUUUAAAAAUGGAAAACCGUCAUGGAAUUGGGAAUAUACCUGCCUAGCAGCUCUGAAACUCUCUUCUAAAAACUUUUCAUGUGGAAUUAACAAGAACAACAAAAAAGCUGGGACUGCAUAAACAAUAUGUGGAAUUUAAGCUAUAGUGGUGUUAGCGCUGACACUUGGUUAACCUAUUCAGAUUUAACUAUGGUGUAGAAACAGAGUGGGUCAUGGAUCCACAUAUGAAGAAAUCUGAGUUAAAAAUGGAGGAAGCUGCGAUUUAAUAAUGGCUGACAAGACCAGGUCCAUGUUAGCCACUGUGGCAAAUCAUUCUGUUCUGAAUCUUACAACCGCCCAGUGGGAACCCAAUCCUACCGUUCCUGCUGAUGUGGGUGUUGUCACAAGCUCUCAGUCACAGAUCAAAGAUCUUUUCGGUUUGUUCUGCAUGGUUACCCUCAACCUCAUUGCUUUGUUGGCCAACACUGGUGUGAUGGUGGCGAUUGCUCGUGCGCCUCACCUUAAGAGGUUUGCCUUUGUGUGCCACCUGUGUGCAGUUGACUUGUUGUGUGCCAUCCUCCUGAUGCCUUUGGGGAUCAUAUCCAGCUCGCCGUUCUUUGGAACUGUUGUGUUCACUGUUCUGGAGUGUCAGGUUUACAUCUUUCUUAACGUUUUCCUCAUUUGUCUGUCCAUUCUCACCAUCACAGCCAUCAGUGUAGAACGUUAUUUCUAUAUUGUACACCCAAUGCGUUAUGAAGUCAAGAUGACCAUCAAUCUUGCUAUUGGUGUCAUGUUACUAAUCUGGGUUAAGUCAGUUCUCUUGGCUACUGUCACACUGUUUGGAUGGCCACCUUACGGACCUCAGAGCUCGAUUGCAGCAGCUCACUGCUCUCUUCACGCGAGCCACAGUCGCCUAAGAGGAGUAUUUGCAGUGCUCUUCAGUGUGGUUUGUUUCCUGGCUCCAGCAGUGGUCAUCUUUGCUGUUUACUGUGCUGUGUACAAGGUGGCUCGUUCUGCAGCACUGCAGCAAGCCCCUGCAGUAACAACAUGGGCAAAUGCAAGCCCUGCCAAGGAUCGCUCUGACUCCAUCAACAGCCAGACUACCAUGAUCACUACCACCCGUACUCUGCCACAAAGACUUUCUCCAGAGAGGGCAUUCAGUGGAGGCAAAGCUGCACUGACUUUGGUAUUCAUCGUAGGCCAGUUCCUGGUUUGUUGGUUGCCCUACUUCAUCUUCCACCUGCAGAUGUCUCUGACUGGUUCCAUGCAGAGCCCUGGGGACUUGGAGGAAGCUGUCACCUGGCUGGCCUACUCCUCUUUUGCUGUCAACCCAUUCUUCUAUGGCCUGUUGAACAGACAGAUCAGAGAGGAGCUGGUAAAGUUUAGACGUUGCUGCCUUACACAGCCUGUGGAGUUUGGGGCAUCAAGCCAAGAGGGUUCGUUUCAGGAAAACUUCCUGCAGUUCAUCCAAAGAACCACUAGUACAGCUGAAACUCGAUCCAACUGUGCCAACUCCAGUCCCCAACCAUCCACUAACCAUACUGUGGACCAAGUAAAUAAAAUACCUGGACAAAUACCAGAGGAGCAUGCUUAAACAAUGAUGAGCAGAAGUUGUGUACUGCAGAGCUAAUAUGCAGUCACUGUAGCUGUUCUUUGUUUUUGCAAAACAUUGUAUCUUAAUCAAUAUGUUUCUGUCCGUGCUGGGGAAAAGUAGGCCACUUUUGAAGGAAUAAGUGAUGGUGGACAAAAUCCAGUGGCCUCUAUAAACAGAAGGAACAGUUACAAUAAUGCUUUUAACAUACAUAUGGACAUUGAUAGUAUUGUUUUAAGAUAGUAUUGGAAAAAAAUCUGUUCAAGUACAAAUAUAAUGUUUAGGAUGUUUUAUCUUUUAAUUAUGAGAAGUUUUCCUCUUUAGGUCAAGGGACUGUGGUUGUACUGUAACCUGAAAUAUUGAAAUGAUGAUCUAUUCUCCCAUGUAAAUUUUCCUUUCUCUUUUUAAUUGGUAUGAUUUUAACAGUGUAUGUGGUAAUUUUCUAUAUGUUUAUAAAUGUAAAUCUGGAAUGAAUGUAAAUCUGGAAUACUGCAAUAAUAAGGUCUUGAGAGUUGGUUCCCGGAUUCCUCUCAAUAACAAGUAUAGUAUAUAUCUCAAUAAUAAUGUAUAUUUAAAUGCUAUUUUUGUGUUGACAUUUUUAAAGUGCUAAAUGUUUCCAAGCUGUGGGCCUUUCUAUUUAAUAUUCAGGAGCUUGUGGUUAUCAUAUAUGACCAAAUAAUCCCGUAGAAGUGCCAAUGCUCUCUGUGUUCAGAGGUCAAAUGAACCUGAGGGCUAAUACCUUUGAGUUCUUCUGUGCAACAGAUAUGCUGAUGGAUCAUGGGCAUCAGCUGGCUCUGUCGUCAUGGAAAUUAAGUGACUGGAGGUGACUCGCACAGCACCAGCGACCUUUCAGCUGGAUGUAUACUUAAGAAUCAGAUCCUGAUUGGAGUUUGCUAAUUCACAUUGAAAAGGUCUAGAAGUUCAGAUACGGAUCAUUAACAUGCAAAGAAAGACUGAAGGUAGGUCACAGAAGUCCCUGCAAAUAUGGACUACUAUAAUAGUGACAUAGGUAUGGUGAGGAAACGAUAGUGAAUUUACAAUGGAAAUCAUUACUGGGCAAUGAUUAUGCUCUGAGAGUGGUGACAAAGUGCUAUUUUAUGACCCCUGCUGUUUGUGUUAGUCUUUCACAAACAGGGAAAAAGACAGAAUAGAGUGGUUACAGCAAAUACCGGCUAACACCAUUUCACUUACUGUGCUAUACACGAUGCACCACUCUUACCUUACUGUAACUGUAUAUUUAAUCCCUGGGUAAAUGCCGUGGUAGCUUUUUUGUAUUUUUACCAGGUGGAUAUUAAUGAUGCAGAAGCACACAUGGGAGCAUAAAGGACUCUAUUAUUCAAAUGUACAGUUCUGAGACUAUAAUAAUAAUACGCACAAUUUAGGACUCACACACCACAAUCAAGAGAUUAAUAGUAGGACACACAGCAAAACAUUGGUGCAAAAAUAAAUUGUGUAAAUGCUGAUGUCUUUGGGGAUAAUGUUAACCGCCGAUUACUGUACAUUUUUACUGUGACCUCAGUAUUUUCUCAUGACAAGCACAAAAUCUUUAAGUUCGAAUCAUUAAUUAAUAAGUUGUUGUUAUUCUGCUUUUUUUUUCAGUUAGUCUGUUUUCAGCCUUUGUUGUUGUAAUGUUUCCAGUGUUUGUGUGUGUUUGCCUUGAGGACGGCUGGUAAAAUUUUGA